AUGGGCCGCGCAGAAACGAUUAACGCCGUUGAUGAGAAUGGCACCAUCGACGACAAGUGCUCCCUGAGGCACCUCGAAAACCUCACUGGGAUGUCCGAAUCCGAGCUUGACCAACAGGUCGAAAAGAAUCUGCCCCGUAUGAGGGGCAAGGUCCUCACCUAUGCUCUCGCAUUCGUAGCUGGUACUGGGUUCACCCUCUUCGGAUAUGAUCAGGGUGUCAUGUCUUCUUUGCUUACCCUCCAGACUUUCGAAGAUACAUUCCCGCAAGUCGUCGUUGAUGACGCUCAUCCGAACCACGCGACCCUCCAGUCUUUUGUUGUUGCUGUCUAUGAACUCGGCUGCCUUGCAGGCGCACUUUCUAACCUCUGGCUCGGCGAUAAGCUCGGCCGGAGACGAACAAUUAUUCUCGGCGGAAUAAUCAUGAUUAUCGGUGCAGCUCUUCAAACGGCCUCAAUAUCGUAUGCCAUGCUUGUUGUCGCUCGCAUUGUCACUGGUAUUGGUAAUGGUCUCAAUACGUCUACUGUUCCGUCCUACCAUGCAGAGUGCUCAGCUGCAGAUAAACGUGGCGCUUUCAUCAUGAUCGAAGGCUCACUCAUCUCCUUCGGCAUCAUGCUUUCGUACUGGAUUGAUAUCGCAUUUUUCUGGCUCAAAACCUCCUCUGCCUCCUGGCGUGUACCAAUUUGCUUCCAGGUCAUCCUCGCUCUCAUAAUGAUAGUUGGCGUGUAUUUCCUACCCGAAUCGCCUCGUUGGCUAGUAAGGAAAGGCAAACAUUCUGAAGCUCUUGCAGUCAUUUCCGCACUCGAUGACGCCCCAAUAACAAAUGCUGAUGUGCAACGGACAUACAUCGGUAUUCACGAAGCCGUUGCAAUGGAGGAGCAAUAUGCGAGUCGCGGCUUCGGAGAACUCUUGACAGGUGGACGUUCCCAAAACUUUCGUCGUGCAUCUCUUGGAGUGCUUUCUCAGAUGUUCCAGCAAAUCUCCGGGUGCAACCUAGUUAUUUAUUACGCAACACUCUUAUUUGAGAGACUCGGUAUGGACAACGUCACUUCGCGAAUCGUCGCAGCAUGUAACGGAACGGAAUUCUUCCUUGCAAGUCUGAUCGCGAUUUUCAUAAUUGAACGCGUUGGACGUAGGAAGCUUAUGAUCUUCGGUGCUGCUGGGAUGUGCGGGUCGAUGAUUUUGCUAGCGAUCCUCGGAGCAGUGGAUAACACGCCUGCGCAGAUCGUUUCGGCUGUCCUGUUAUUCGUGUUCAACUCGUUCUUUGCAAUCGGAUGGCUUGGAAUGUCAUGGCUAUACUCCGCCGAGAUUGUUGGUCUUAGCGUACGCGCUCAAGCAAACGCUUUGAGUACCGCAAGUAACUGGACUUUUAACGUCAGUGUUCAUCCAUAUUAUUCGAGCCAAAAUUAUUUACUUACGUUUAUGGUCGUAAUGAUCACCUCACCAGCAUUCGAGAACAUCAAAUGGGGAACAUACAUUAUCUUCGCAGCAUUCAAUGCUAUCAUCGUCCCCACAUGCUAUUUCUUCUUCCCAGAAACAGCAGGUCGCUCUCUUGAAGACAUGGACGUCGUCUUCGCACUUGCAUACAACGAAGGCGUGUCACCAGUGAAAGUGAGCUUGAGGAAGGAUGUCCCACUUGCUGGAACUCCCGAAGCCGAUGCGAUUUUGGGUAUAUCAAGUGAGGAAAGGAGGAAUGUAAGAGAGAAUGCUAGCGGGAAGAACUCGGCGAAUGUGUCGGUCACUCCGAGUAAGGAGGACGUUAUUCAGUCGGAGAAAAAAAGGGUUGAAUAG